AUGGGUGUCGAAGCCUCUUCCCACCAUGGGGAAUCUAUCACCCCGGCUCAACAGCGGAGCGUUGAGUCGUCCUUCCAAAAUAGCCCUAUUGAGAAGCCCAUGCAGCCCGUGGGCGUCGAUACACCGAUCCCUCGGAUAACCAUGCGCUCCUUGGUGAUGGCUCUCUUUGUCUCGAUGGGUGGUCUGCUGUUCGGAUAUGACACGGGUCAGAUUUCCGGCUUCCAAGAAAUGAGCAACUACUUGGAGCGGUAUGGUGAGCUCAAUCCAGAUGGUUCCUACGCAUUCAGCACCGUGCGCUCCGGUCUCAUUGUUGGCUUGCUGUCCAUCGGUACCAUGAUCGGUGCCCUGGUUGGAGCCCCCGUCGCUGAUAUGUUGGGCCGCAAGUGGUCCAUUACUCUCUGGUGUAUGAUCCUCAACGUCGGAUUGAUUGUUCAAAUUGCCUCUCCCGAUGGUCACUGGUACCAGAUGGUCGUUGGCCGUUGGGUCACUGGUCUCGGUGUCGGUGGCUGCUCGUUGCUCGUGCCCAUUUGCUACCAGCUAUUCGUUACCCUCGGUAUUUUCUUGGCGUACUGCAUCAACCUGGGUACCCAUACCAUGGAUGGCACUGCUCAGUGGCGUAUCACUCUCGGCAUCACCUUCCUCUUCGCUCUUGUCCUUGGUGGUGGUAUGGUGUUCUUCCCCGAAAGCCCACGUUAUGAGUUCCGCCACGGAAAGGCCGAGAGUGCCCAAAGCACUCUAGCCAAGCUCUAUGGUAUCCCGGAGAACCAUGUCCGCAUUUUGGAAGAAAUGAGAGAGAUCCGUGAACAGUUUGAAGCCGAGUCUGAUGACCAGAAAUGGCAUGAAUUCCUCACUGCUCCCUGCAUGUUUUACCGUAUUGCCCUCGGCAUGGUCUUGCAGUCACUGCAGCAGCUUAGCGGUGCUAACUACUUCUUCUACUAUGGUACCACUAUCUUCGAAGGCGCUGGUCUCUCAGACAGCUUUGUGACCCAGGUCAUCCUCGGCGCUGUGAACUUCGGCACUACAUUUGGUGGCUUGUACGUCGUGGAAAACUUCGGUCGUCGCAAGUCCCUAAUCUUCGGAGCGAUCUGGAUGUUCGUCAUGUUUAUGAUCUUCGCGUCCAUCGGCCAUUUCGUUUUGGAUGUGGAAACGCCUACCAAUACCCCCAAUGCCGGCAAGGGUAUGAUUGUCGUCGCCUGCCUGUUUAUUGCGGCAUAUGCUAUGACCUGGGGUCCCAUGGUCUGGGCUAUUGUCGCAGAGCUUUUCCCCUCAAAGUACCGUGCCAAGGGUAUGGCCCUGGCUACCGCCACCAACUGGCUGUGGAACUUCCUCAUCAGUUUCUUUACAACCUUUAUCACCAAGGAGAUUGACUUUGCCUACGGAUACGUCUUCGCUGGUUGCCUUUUCGUGGCUGUCGGCGUUGUUUACUUCUUUGUCAUUGAAGGAAAGGGUCGCACGCUCGAGGAGCUUGACUGGAUGUAUGUCAACAAGGUUGUCCCGUGGAAGAGCAGCAACUACGAGAUUCCCGAACGCCACCAGGACUGGAUUGCGGAUGAAAACCCAUACGGUCGCAAGUCGCAGGGAACCCUUCACGCGGAGAACGCAUAA